UAUCAAACCAUGCGGAUCGCUCAAACGCUGUCCACCUUGCAGUCAUGGCUAAAUUCAGUACUCUUGUUUUGUGCGCAGUCGCUGGCGUCUCUGCACACUCAGUCAUCACUGCUGUCUUGACCGACAGCAAGAUCCAGGGAAUCGGACUUGGCGUGGAUGCAACAAACUUUCGCAACUGCGUACGGAUAUCCUUGGAGUCCACGAGCUAACAACAGAUGGAUGUCAUUCCCUGCCAACAAGACUCUCCCAUCAUGCGCGACGCCGAGCUGGCAGCCAACAACUUCGGUUCCUGCGGACGUACCCAAGCCGGUGGCAAUAUCGACACGUCUACUGCCAUUGAACAACACAUUGAUGCCAAAAUGGUGCCGGAAGUGACGAAAGGCUCAACAGUAACGCUCCAAAUGCAUCAAGUCAACGGUGACGGCGCAGGCCCUUAUCAGUGCGAGAUUGACGAGACGGGUACUGGCUCAACAUUCGUCAAGGUGAAGGUUCUCAAAGACGUGCCAGGCGCUGCAGGUCUGUCAGCCACGCGUCAGACAUCGUAUGACAUGAAAAUCCAGUUGCCGAGUGUGCUUGCGUGCCAAGGUGGCAGUACCGGCCGCGUGUGCGUCAUGCGAUGCAGGAACAGCGCGUUCGCAGGGCCCUUCGGUGGCUGCUUCGCAGUGUCCCAAACAGAUACAGAGGGUCGCAAGGAUAUGUCGCCGAGUGGUGUCAAGACAAAAGCCAAGAUUGAGGCGAUUGAGAAGCAAAAAGUUGAAGCGGCAGCACAGCUUGGUGCAAUGAAAAUGACGAAUCUUGUGGGUGUGCCCAAGGUCAUGAUGGCUGCUCGACAAAAGGAUGGCCUGAUGCAGCUCAUGCCUGGACAAACAGUGCCUGAAGGCCACACUGCAGAGAAGACAUCGCCAGCCUUCAUCCCAGUCAACGUCCAGAACAUCCCAGAUCCAGUGGAUGGCAGAAUGAGCGCUCAGCCAAGUCCAGACCAGCUGGCGGCCAUGAAGAAGCAGAGCCCGUAGACUUGCUUAGCGCACAGGUAUGCUGUUGUAACUUUGUUCUUGGUCUCGACGACGCUUCUCUAGAGUUGGCCGAACAAUCAUAGCGUAUGCCAAGAGGCCGCCGCUUUCGUUAGCUUAGACUCUCACAAGGCCAGCUUACGUGAUGAGUAUAAAGCCAAUAACGAUCCCCUCGUCUUUGCGCGACUCUCGCUGGAAGCAAGAUUGCGUAACUACAAUGUCCGACUCGGUAUCAUCCACAGACGGGCACGAAGCAAGGCCUGAUUUGGUCAAGCAAAAGAUGCGAGUACAGUCAGUACAAGGCUUGGCAGGCGUUGCCAGGACAUCUUCGGUGAGAGGCACGAUAGCAGAGGAUUUGCCGCAUGUGCAUUUACAGUAGGAGAGUGGUUUUGCAGCGUAGACUGAGAGCAGUGCACAGCUGGUGAGCAGCAGGAUAGAUU